UGUAUUAACUAGGGUGAGUGAACAAAACCCACAACAGAUCAGAUCACCAGAAGCAUCAUUGUUUACACAUUUUCUUACUUUUUUUUUUUUUUUUAAGAAACCGUUGCUUCAUGUGUUAUAAAGCGAUCAGGCCUCAUAAUCGAGGUAAACACCGACAGUGACCCUUGAGACUGAGACAGUGGAUAUUGUUUAAGAUGCAGUUUAUUUAUAGAUUAAGUUUGCCCAUUACCAAUAAAUGAAUCGGUCUUGAUUUCAGAGAACGAUAAAAUGAUAUUUUGAAAACAUUGUGAGCGAAAAAAAAAAAAAAAAAAAAAUCCAGUCCCACCGCAGGUGAGCCCACGCGAGUUUCCCCGCAAGUUCGCUUACGGGACGUCCGCUUCUGACACCCGCACGUGCACGCGCUCUCCAAGCGCCCCGCCCCUUUUUGCACGGGAACCAUUUAAGAAAUUUCGCGGUCGAGAGUCAGUCUGCAUCCUUCUGACAAACACCAAAAACCCCAAACUCUGCAGUGAGAUGUGCUCGGAUGGAGAACGCGCGUCGCUGGGCAGCUCGGGAAACGGCAAGCUGCGCCAGUGGCUCAUCGAGCAGGUGGACACCGGUAAAUACCCGGGACUCGUGUGGGAGAACGAAGAGAAGAGCGUGUUCCGGAUCCCGUGGAAGCACGCGGGUAAACAGGACUACAACCGGGACGAGGACGCAGCGCUCUUCAAGGCUUGGGCGCUGUUCAAAGGCAAAUACCGGGAGGGCAUCGACAAACCGGACCCACCCACGUGGAAAACGCGUCUCCGUUGCGCGCUGAACAAGAGCAACGACUUCGAGGAGCUUCUGGACCGCAGUCAGCUCGACAUUUCGGACCCUUAUAAAGUUUACCGGAUCGUUCCUGAGGGCGCCAAAAAAGCCUCCAGAGCUCUAGAGGAAACGACAUCAAACCCAAGCCCGCCGAGUUAUCCACUACAUCCUUCCUAUGCGCCCCUCCAGAGUCAGGUCUGCAGCUUCAUUUCUCCAGCAGAGAGAAACUGGCGGGAUUAUCUCUCAGAAAAAAACACCAUUGCUGACAUCCCUUACAACCAAAAUCCAUACACCUCUCGGUGGGAUACAGGAUACCAGUUCAGUGGAUCCUUCUAUAGCUGCAGUGCCUCAGAACCUCUGUCGUCUGCUUUUACACUAGAUGCCAGCAUGAAGUCCGCAGAGGCCAUGGCCCUCUCAGAUUACCGGCUCCAUGUGGCAGUAUAUUUCCGGGAUGCCCUUGUGCGGGAGGUGACUGUGAGCAGUCUAGAAGGUUGUGUUCUGGGUGUGAACAAAGAUGGCUUGCCAUAUGGAGCCUCUCAAGGUCCGGAGCUUGUGGAGCUUCCACAGAUUGAACACAGCUCUCUGGAACAUGGGGUUCUGCUGUGGAUGGCACCAGAUGGGCUGUAUGCUCGCCGCUGCUGCCCCUGCAGGGUGUACUGGGAGGGAGGGCACACUUCGCACAACAACAAACCCAACAAACUACAAAGGGAUCAGACCUGCAAAUUACUGGAUACUCAGCAGUUCAUCACAGAGUUACAGAGCUACGCUCGGCACAUACGUCCUCCACCCAUGUCCCAGGUGCUCCUGUACUUUGACGAAGACAGCACAGAGCCACAGAGACCAGGAAGGACCCUCACUGUCCAGGUGGAGCCUCUGUUUGCUCGGCAGCUCCUCUACUUCACCCACCCGAGCAGCAUGAACUACAUCCGCAGCCACAACCUUUCACCUCUGAGCCCAGAGCACACAAUUCCCCCAAGUCAGGACUUCCACAGAAUCAUCAGCCAUCACCACAGCAACAGCCUGUAAAAUUUAGCCUCACCUGGAAAGCUAGCAUUGGGCAAGUUGAACUGAAGCAUGGACAAAGACGGACACAACAAAUGCACUGUUCAUGGCUCAUGCGUGACACUGACAAAGCAUCAACAUUACCAACUAUUUUCUCCGAACACACUCAAGCAGUUGGACUUGUGUUUGCAGAAUGGACAAAAAAAUUUUUGCACUUUGCAUAAGUCUUAUGAGCCCUUCGCAUUCUUUUCCUUAGAGGUUUAUAGUUCUUUAAGAUCAUCUCAGGGAACUGUAAUGAAACAGUAUUAAAAUUGUUA